AUGACAAUUUCCAAUAUGGGCUUGUUGACAGUUGGAUCGCCACUAGACUGGCCUGAAACUAAAAAAGUCGCGUUAUUCAUUCGAGAACAGGGUAUCAAACAGUUCUUAUCAUUGUAUCACAAACUGAAUUCACGAAUGAAGCAUACACUGAAAUGGGGUGAUGAGAUUGAGUACACAUUGGUUCGCAUUGACCCUUCGACACAUGCAGCACAACUCUAUCUUGGUGCUUCGGAGUUGUUAAAGUUGAUAAAUGAAAAGAAAAGUGAUAUCAGUGAUGAAAUAACUUGGCAACCCGAGUAUGCUGAGUAUAUGAUAGAAGGAGUACCUAGAAUUCCUUUUGGACGACUAUUGGAUGCUUUUAACACUGUCGAGUGCAACAUGAAAAAAAGACGAUUAGAUUUAGUGGCGAAUCUUCCUGAAGAUUGCAUCGCAUUGACAAUAUCAGCCUUUCCACGAUUGGGUUGUGAUGACUUUUGCUAUCCAGUUGCCAAACCAACUCCUGAUAGUGGUGCUUCCAGAAGUUUGUUUUUUCCAGAUGCAGCUAUUACUCAAGGACAUCCACGUUUUAAAACGCUAACGCGUAACAUUCGUGAACGGCGUGGAGCUAAAGUUGCUAUAAAUGUCCCCAUUUAUCGAGAUACAUGUACACCUCAACCAUUUAUUGAAAAUUUCCCAAAUCAAAAUGAUCCCACUUCAACAUCUGCAGCUUUACCGAAUCAUGUUUAUUUAGAUGCUAUGGGCUUCGGAAUGGGUUGUAGCUGUUUACAGAUCACUUUCCAGGCAUGUUGCAUUGACGAAGCCAGGAUCUUAUACGAUCAGCUAGCGACAAUAUGCCCAAUUGUUAUGGCUUUAAGCGCAGCCACUCCUGCCAUCCGAGGCUACUUACUGGAUUGGGACUGCCGUUGGGGUAUUAUAUCCGCAUCAGUUGAUGAUCGAACAGAAGAGGAGCGAGGAAUUAAGCCUCUCUGCAACGAUCAAUUUGUUAUUCCUAAAUCACGCUUUGCAUCAGUUUCUUUUUACCUUUCCCCAAUGGGCGCUAAAUUCAAUGAUAUUCCACUUGUCUAUAAUAAAGAUUAUUAUAAUACUUUAAUUGAAGGAGGUGUUGAUCAUACAUUGGCAUUACAUGUAGCUCAUCUUUUUAUACGAGAUCCUAUCAGUGUGUUUUCUGAAAGUUUGAAUUGUCCAGAAAAUGAAGAAACAGUUGAACAUUUUGAAACUAUUCAAUCCACCAAUUGGCAGUCAAUGCGCUUUAAGCCUCCACCAUUGAAUUCAUCAAUAGGAUGGCGUGUUGAAUUUCGACCAACUGAAUUACAAUUAACAGAUUUUGAAAAUGCUGCAUUUGUCACUUUUAUUUUAUUAUUAUCUAGAACAAUAUUAAAGUUUAAUUUGAAUUUACUAAUCCCACUUUCAAAAGUUGAUGAAAACAUUGCAACAGCUUUAAAACGUGAUGCUGUUCUUAAUGAGAAAUUCUAUUUUAAACAAGGUCAUUUAAUAACCACAGAUGGUACUCCAGUUGAUUUAGCCAAAUCAUGUUCCAAGUUUAAAUUCAAUCGUACCUAUUCUACACAAUAUGAUCAUUCUGAUUCAAAAUGUACAAUUUGUCGUGAUGAACAAUAUGUAAACGCAUCAUCGUCUUGUAAUUCGACAUCAUCAUUUGCUGAAGUAAAUCCAGACGAUUCCUAUAUGUUAAUGUCGGUGAAUGAAAUUAUCAAUGGAACUAGUACAUUUCCAGGUCUUCUCCCUUUGAUUCGACAUUAUGUUCAAGAAACUGGUGGACAUCUUGAAACUAUUGAUCUUAUUAAUAGUUAUUUGGAUUUAAUACAAAAAAGAGCAUCAGGUGAGUUGAUGACUACUGCCAAAUGGAUGAGAAGUCGUAUCAUGAAACAUCCUGAUUACAAAAAUGAUUCGUGUAUAUCUUCUCAAAUAAAUUCUGACAUUAUAAAAGAAUGUUGGGAUAUUACUAAAGGUAUUAUCCGACCUCCUGAACUUUUACCUCAUGAUUCAGUUACGGUUAACUGUUCUUCUCUACCUUGUAAAUUAAUGAAGAAUUUCAGUGAAUGUAAUGAAUCAAUAAAGUAUACUGUUGUUGAUCAUAACAAUGAUCAUUAA